UCAUGCAUAUAACCAGAGGAGCCUCGAUAAGCACCGUCCCUCCAGUCCUCAGCGCACAGUGCACCGGCUCUCUCACCGGCAGCAGCCUCUCCGCGAUGGCCGAGCACGCUCCUGAACAAGUGGUAUUCAACAAGCCCAAGGUGGAGCUGCACGUGCACCUGGACGGAGCCAUCAGGGUCCAGACUCUUCUCGAUGUCGGCAAGAGACGCGGCAUCAGUCUGCCUGCCACUGUCGAGGAGAUGAGGUCCAGGAUCAUUCUGCAGGAACCCGCCACCCUCACCCAGUUCCUGGGCAAGUUUGCAGAGUACAUGCACGUGGUUGCUGGGGACAGAGACGCCAUAAAGAGGAUCGCCUACGAGUUCGUUGAGGACAAAGCGAACGAGGGAGUGAUCUACGUGGAGGUCAGAUACAGCCCACACUUCCUGGCCAACACCAAAGUGGAACCUUUGCCGUGGAACCAGACAGAAGGCGACCUGAGUCCGGACGAGGUGGUGCGGCUGGUGAACGAGGGGCUGAGCGAGGGGGAGAGGGCGUUCCACAUCAAGGCCAGGUCCAUCCUGUGCUGCAUGCGCCACAUGCCAAGCUGGUCCAUGGACGUGGUCGAGCUGUGUAAGAAGUAUCGCCACGAGGGCGUGGUGGCCAUCGACCUGGCCGGGGAUGAGUCCCUGAACUGUGAAGCCAACCCCGACCACAGGAAGGCCUAUGAGGAAGCCGAGCGGUGUGGGAUCCACAGGACGGUGCAUGCAGGAGAGGUGGGCCCGGCCUCGGUGGUGAAGGAGGCGGUGGAGGUGCUGAAAGCCGAGCGCGUGGGGCACGGCUACAGAACCCUGGAGGAUCCGGUCCUGUAUAAACAGCUACUCGCUCAGGACAUGCACUUCGAGGUGUGUCCUGUUUCCAGUAAACUGACCGGUGCCUGCGACCCGGACUUCAGCAAACAUCCUGUGGUCACGUUCAGGAAGGACAAGGCCAACUACUCCCUGAACACAGACGACCCCCUGAUCUUCAACUCCACCCUGCACCUCGACUACAGCACCGCGCUCCACCACAUGGGAUUCACCGAGGAGGAGUUCAAACGGCUGAACCUCAAGUCUGCAGAGUCGUCCUUCCUGCCUGAGGAGGAGAAGAAAGAGCUCCUCCUCAAACUUUACGAGGCCUAUGGGAUGAUACAGACAACCGCCUUCUAAACCUCCCAGGAACUCUGAGGAGGGGAACGCGACCUCACCCGGGGAGGAACGGCUCCAAACCCGUAAAUCUCCUCCACUCGACAUGGGAGAACGUGUCUUUACAGAUCCAUAACCAGAUAUAUCGCCUAUAGAAUAAUAAAUCAAACGUGCAUCCUUUUAACCACACACACACGUAUCUGUAUAUCAUCAGCAUGAGGGCAUGUUUCUGUGUGUGUUCCAUCCAAACACGUAUUAUAUGACAGGACAGUUAACUGGAGGAUGUCAUGGUCCUGGACAUGUUGUUCCAUCUUGUGUUUACAUCCUGUCGUCUUACAGAGAAUCAGGGAACCUUCAGGAAUUAUUCACAAAUAUCAUCAUAGUAGGUUAAACAUUUGCAGUUCAGGUUUCAGACCUAUGAGAAAUCUAUGUCUUACAGUGAAUAUCCACCGAAGGGUCCAGUGCUUUGUUCCCGACUAUAUAUGCAAAACUGGUUAAACAUCAGGUUAAUACAGCUUAAUGCCAAAGUUCCAGGCGGACACUAGGGGGCACCCUUCUGUCACUUAUAUGCACGGACAACUUACUGUGGUUAUGCAUUUAUAUAAUUACUCUCAGUUCGAUCGUAUAUUUAUUUAAAUAAAACAAAUUCCAUUGGUAACUGCCACAUUUCAAACUUAGGAAAAAAACACCUUAAUAAAAUAUAUUAUGAAACGUUA